AUGCUUUCAUCAAUGAGUCGUUUGGGGUGUAGAAAUAUUGCGAUCCUGCAAAAUGUUUCAUCACACCUCCUUUCUUUGAACCCUGGACUUUCCCUCAAAAGGGCGCUACAGCUAUCCGACAUCCUCAUCGCAUUCAAGUACAUUGACAAAAACUACCUAGAAAUCAUAACUGGUGUUGUAUGUAGCGUUCCUCAACUCAUUCCAUCGAAUGAAAUCAUUGUUUUAUUGAAGCUGUUAAAUUUGUGCAAAGCAUGCAACAUUUUUGAGAUAAAUCCACACCUACUCAAGACCAUUGUAAAUAUGGUCAUCGGAGAUCCAUCGAAUGUCAUUAGUGCAUUCGCAACACAGUCUGUCUUUUCUGAACUUGGUUACUCGAAUGUAUAUCUGGAUCAACUCUGUAAUGAGCUCUCAAAGGUCAUCCCAGAGUACUCGGUACAAGAAAGGAUUUACAUUUUGGACAAGUGUUCAGAAUAUAGAAUUGAUGUUUUUCCCCUUUAUAAUGCAGUUUUGAACUCGUUAGAGGUAGGUGAUGAGUGUGAAAUUUUGGCAAUGACCUACGUCAGUGGAUACAACUGGUGGCGCAAAGGUAUCUUUGAGGUCAUUCAGGUGACUAGGAAAGCGAAGAAAGGGUACAUCCAUCAGUACUUGUACGUUUGUUCCGUGUGGAGUGAGAGUAGAGACCGUUUAUGGCUGAUAAGAAGCUGA